GAGGUAUUACAGGAACGACAGCUACAGUGGUGUUCGGGAACCAGAGUGGGGUAUAAAUAUUCUUGCUGCUAUGCUGCCAAGCUGUAGUUUGAAUCAAUCUAAGUUUUAAACAGAAGGUGAACUUCUGAGAUAAAGAAUCAACUGUAUUUUAAAAGAAAGGAUGUGGGAUCAAGGAGGACAGCUUUGGCAACAAUGGACCUUGAACCAGCAACAAUGGAUGCAGUCAUUUCAGCAGCAGCAGGAUCCAAGCCAGAUUGACUGGGCUGCCUUGGCUUUAGCUUGGAUUGCCCAAAGAGAAGCUUCAGGACAGCAAAGCAUGGUGGAACAACCACCAGGAAUGAUGCCAAAUGGCCAAGAAAUGUCUACAAUGGAAUCUGGUCCAAACAAUCAUGGGAAUUUUCAAGGGGAUUCAAAUUUUAACAGAAUGUGGCAACCAGGCUGACAGGGGCUGGGAACACUUGGAAACCUCACUUGGCAUCUAGGGAAGAGAGCAUUCUUUGUCUCUCUGUUGCAACCUCUGGCCU